GCCCCUCCUGGGUCGAUGUCGCAGCCUCCUCCGCCGUUCGGAGGGCCUCCUGGGGCGAUGCCUCAGGCGGCGCCGCCGCAGUUUGGUGGGCAGCGGCCGGCAUUCUCUGGACCGCCUGCGGCAACAGCGGUAGCAUCGUCGCAGGCUAUGCCGCCGAGUUUCGGGUCUCAGCAGCAGCAGCAGCAGCCGCCGCCGCCAUCGUUUGGUGCACCACCCCAGUUUGGGGGUGUGCGGCCUGGUGCACAGCCACCUUUUGCUGCACAAUCGGCACCGCUAUCACAGCAGGCGCCCUUCAUGGGGCCUCCAAGGGGUAGCGCUGCCGCGUUUGGAGCUGCGCCGUGGCUGUCUCAGGGAGCUGGGUCUGGUGCGAUGCAACCACCAAUGAGGAUGCCUGGCAUGCCGCCAAAUGCACUUGGCCAAGGGAUGCCUCCCACCCCGAGCAUGCCAUAUUCUCCCCAUGCUGGAACCCAGGUCUCGACCCCAUCCAAGAUUGAUCCCAAUCAAAUUCCACGGCCAAUGGCAGAAACAUCAGUCAUCAUUUUUGAGACCCGCCAAGGUGGUCAAGCAGCCAUUCCCCCGGCUGCAUCGAGUGAAUUUAUCGUGAAGGACACUGGGAACUGUAGUCCCCGUUUGAUGCGGUGUACUGUCAAUCAGAUACCUUGUACAGGGGACCUCUUGACAACAUCCGGCAUGCCUUUAUCUCUAAUGGUUCAGCCUUUUUCUCUUCCUCACCCAUCUGAGGAACCUAUUCAGCUUGUGGACUUUGGUGACAUGGGACCUAUUCGGUGUUCUCGUUGCAAAGCAUACAUAAAUCCUUUCAUGAGAUUCGUUGAUCAAGGGAGGCACUUUAUCUGUAACUUAUGUGGGGUUAGCAAUGAUACUCCUAGGGAGUACAUAUGCAACUUAGGGCCUGAUGGUAGGCGACGUGAUGCUGAUGACAGACCUGAGUUAUGCAGAGGAACUGUAGAAUUUGUCGCCUCCAAGGAAUUCCUGGUUCGCGACCCGAUGCCUGCUGUAUAUUUCUUCCUCAUUGAUGUCUCCAUGAAUGCUAUACAAACUGGUGCAACUGCUGCUGCUUGCAGUGCAAUUUCUCAGGCUAUUUCAGAUCUGCCGGAAGGCCCUCGAACAAUGGUAGGAAUUGCCACAUUUGAUUCUGCUAUUCACUUUUACAGCCUUAAGCGUGCUCAGCAGCAGCCUUUGAUGCUCAUCAUUCCUGAUGUACAAGAUGUAUAUACACCUCUACAAAAGGAUCUGAUUCUUCCAGUUUCUGAGUGCCGUGAGAAUCUGGAGCAACUGCUGGAAAACAUCCCUAGCAUGUUCGAGAAUAAUAGAGUUGCUGAUUCUGCUUUUGGAGCAGCUAUGAAGGCUGGCUUCCUGGCUACGAAAGCAACUGGUGGAAAGCUACUAGUUUUUCAAUCAGUGCUUCCAUCGCUUGGUGUUGGUUCUUUAUCUGCUAGGGAAGCUGAAGGUAGAGCAAAUAUUUCCUCUGGCGACAAGGAACCCCACAAGCUUCUGCAGCCAGUUGACAAAACCCUCAAAACGAUGGCACUAGAAUUUGCUGAAUAUCAGGUCUGCGUGGAUGUAUUUCUCACUACACAAUCAUAUGUUGACAUUGCUUCGAUAUCUGUUGUUCCCAAUACAACAGGAGGCCGGGUUUACUACUACUAUCCAUUUUCUGCUCGUUCGGAUCCAGCCAAGCUAUUCAACGACCUUAGAUGGAAUAUCAGUAGACCACAGGGCUAUGAGGCUGUUAUGCGUGUCAGAUGCAUUCAGGGGCUCCAAGUUCAGGAUUAUUUUGGCAAUUUCUGCAAGCGUGUUCCUACUGACAUUGAUCUUCCAUCGAUUGAUUCUGACAAAACUAUAAUGGUUACCUUUAAGCAUGAUGACAAGUUACAGGAAAAUUCAGAAUGUGGUUUCCAGUGCGCAGUUCUCUACACUACUGUAUAUGGACAAAGAAGGAUUCGGGUCAUGAACCUCUCACUCCCAUGCACAAAUAUGCUCAGCAAUCUCUUCCGUUAUGCUGAUUUGGAAACACAAUUUACGUGCUUCCUAAAGCAAGCUGCUAAUGGUAUUCCAACAUCUACGCUACUACAUCUCCGGGAGGAAGUAACAAAUACAUGUAUAAAUAUUCUCCAGUCAUACCGUAAAUAUUGUGCAUCUGUAAGCUCAUCUGGGCAGUUGAUCCUUCCAGAGGCACUCAAACUAUUGCCCUUGUAUACUUUAGCACUUAUCAAAAGCAUAGGCUUGCGAAAUGAGGGGCGGUUGGAUGAUCGUUCAUAUUGGAUUUCUCUAGCUUCCUCAGUUUCUGUUUUAUUAGCUGUUCCAAUGGUGUUUCCUAGAUUGAUUCCAAUCCAUGAUCUCACAUCAAGGGGGGACGAUGAAUCACUUAUUCCUAGUCCCCUUAUGCUCAAUAGCGAGAAUAUACGUGAAGAUGGAGUCUAUUUAUUGGAAAAUGGAGAGGAUGGUCUAAUUUAUGUAGGAAAUGCAGUAGAACCUACCAUCCUCGAACAAAUAUUUGGUGCAUCUUCUUCAGCCGCAUUACCAAGUCAGGUUGUGUUGGAGCAAUUUGACAAUGGACUUUCAAGGAAGGUAAAUGAAGUAAUUAAUGAAAUAAGACGCCAGAGAUGUUCUUACCUAAGGUUGCGUCUAUGCAGAAGGGGUGAACCAUCUGGUGAUUUCUUCCGCUCAUUUUUGGUAGAGGACAAGGCUCCUGGUGGCCUUUCCUACGUCGAGUUCCUCGUGCACGUGCACAGGCAAAUCCAGAGCAAGAUGACGUGACAUGCCAUAUGCUUGUCACAGUUUUUGGUUAGUGUUUGGUUAGUGGAUGGAUUUGCAGACCAAGAAGCGAUCAGUGUCAGCAUAAGGAAUACUGCAAAAGAAGUAUAGAGCAGCUCCAGAUCACUGGUUGAAUUGAGGGUUAGUAGACAUCUCAUUUUCAAGGAGAAUGGAUUUGCAGGAAUUGAGGCCCUGCAAUGUUUACAGCAUAGUAGUUUUUUUUUGGGUGGAUGGUGGUAUAUUCUUGUACACAGAUGAGGCGUUGGAUGUGGUGCCUCUUUUUCGUGUUUAUCGAUGUGCGUGCAUCCUUGUUGAAGUUU